CAUCCGGGUGGUGCAGCGCUUUAAUAGCUCCGGUCCCAGGCAGCAACCGCCUAACUCUCAUCCUGCUCUCCACUAGACUACUACGCUACUUUCACUUGUUUAGUUUUUACCUCUUUGUGGUCAAAAUGCCUUUAAAGUUCGAGCUGUGUCCCGGUAGAAUGAUCGGAGGAAGUAACCCUUGCUUCAUCAUUGCUGAGAUUGGACAAAACCACCAGGGAGACAUUGAGAUCGCCAAGAAAAUGAUAAAAAUGGCAAAGGACUGUGGUGCUGAUUGUGCCAAAUUCCAGAAGAGUGAAUUGGAGCACAAAUUCAACAAGCGAGCCUUGGAGCGCCUUUACACUUCCAAAAACUCCUGGGGAAGAACUUAUGGGGAUCACAAGCGCCACCUGGAGUUCAGCCACGAGCAGUACAGGGAGCUGCAGAAGUAUGCAGAGGAGGUGGGGAUCUUUUUCACCGCCUCAGGGAUGGACGAGAUGGCAGUGGAAUUCCUCGAUGAGAUCAAUGUGCCUUUCUUUAAAGUAGGCUCUGGAGACACCAACAACUUCCCCUAUCUGAAGACGACUGCCGAGAAAGGACGGCCCAUGUUAGUGUCCAGUGGGAUGCAGAGCAUGGAGACGAUGCGUCGGGUCUACCAAACAGUGAAGGAGCACAACCCUAACUUUGCCAUCCUGCAGUGCACCAGCGCCUACCCUCUGGAGGCUGAAGAUGUCAACCUCAGAGUUCUAGCGGAAUACCAGAAGGAAUUUCCAGAUAUUCCCAUUGGGUAUUCUGGCCACGAGUCUGGGAUCAGUAUUACACUUGCGGCCGUAGCUAUGGGGGCAAAGGUCGUCGAGCGACAUGUUACUUUGGAUAAGACGUGGAAAGGAAGUGACCACGAAGCCUCGCUGGUGCCCAGUGAGCUGACCGAGCUGGUGCGCUCCAUCCGACUGGUGGAGAGGGCCAUGGGGACCGGCAUCAAGACUAUGUUACCCUGUGAGAAGCCGUGCCACGACAAGCUUGGUAAGUCUGUGGUGGCGAAGGUAAAGAUCCCCAGGGGAACUGUCCUGACUCUGGACAUGUUGACGGUGAAAGUGGCCGAGCCUAUGGGCGUCGCCGCCGAGGACAUCUUCCAGCUGGUCGGUAAGACCGUGACAGAGGACAUGGAGGAGGACGACAGCGUCUUGCCAGAGGUGGUGGAGGGUUACUGCAAGAAGAGGAAGUGCUGAGGAUGGAAGAUUUUGAAGUGGGUUGAAAAUGGCAAUAUAAUCAAUUUUAUCUGGGGCUAAUUCAAAAGGAGCUUGUGCAAUGGUCAAUUAGCUUAUUGCUGCUGAGGUUCCUGACAUGAAAGUGAUGGACGAUCAGUAACUACCUACAGUUUUAAAGCUUUUACAUUUAUUAAAAGCUGCCUUUAUAUAAUAUACUAUCUUUCUGGCGCAACAGGCUGUUAUUUUACAAAUGUUGCACUAUAGUUUUAGCCCUCACUGAAGAGAUCAAAUUAAGAUUGAACACAUGAAGCUCCCCAUUUCACAACAGUAUGAACAAAGACCCAGUUUGCCAAACAUUAGGUGUAUUUUUCUCGUAACAACUCAGUCAUUUUAAUUGUGUGAUGUCAAGCAAAGUUUGUAUUUGUACUCAUUCUUUAAAGUAAGACUACUGGAGCCAGACACUAAACAAAACCAAAAGAAGAAAUAUGUACACAUCCGGGAUACGGCUGAAUUUCUUCUCUCAAUAUGAACCUUCUUUUGCUUCUUCAGUCUUUAUGCUGACACCAACAACGCCUCUAAUCACAGUUGCAAGAUGUAGGAUGUUUGCACUUUACUUGACAAAAUCUGAGAUCUAUGAUGUGCAGAAAAUAAAUAAAUGUUGCCAGAACUUCCACCUUU